AUGUCUGAGAAAAGAAAUUCUAGAUUAAAAGCACUAGGUAGAAGUGCCAGUACAGAAUCCACAGAGUAUUCCAUAACAAUGGGAAAGUCAGUAAGAAAAAAGAGUAAAAAAGCAAAACCAAAAGAAAGAUGGCUGCUUACAAGAAAAACUUGGCGUUAUAUGGCCGAUGCGGGAAGGAAACUAAUACCGGAUGGUGCUCAAAAUCGACUGGAAGAUAUUCCGAAAAUAGAAGCGUAUUUUCAAGAAGUGUGCAAGAAAGAACCAAGAUUUCUGUUAUGGCGAAAAAACUCCUAUCCUGGAGCUAUUGGGUUUCGACAAAAAAAGAAAAGAGUUUCUAGGAAAGGUGGUAGCUGUCGAAAUGCUGUAUCUGCCGAUGAGGUGAGUUUAGGUAAACCAGAAAAACCAACAAGACCUACUCAUCUCGCCAUUGAACAUACUUCUACAGGAAAAUUCGACGUAAGAAGGUUAAAGGAAGAAUUCCUAAGUCGUAAUGGUAAUCCUUCAGGAUACUCCAGCUAUGAUCAAAAGAUGAGCCCCACAGGGGCAGAAGAGGAAGCAGCAGAAGAUAAGCAACUUAUAAACAUGUUGGAACAGUAUCUUACUUUGGGAAAAGAAGAAACAGUGCCCGAAAAAGCAAAAGCAGAUUUUAACUAUCAAGAUCUUGUAGACAAACUACAACGACACUUAACAUUAUAUGGUGGAGAUUAUUACAGCGUUCCACAUUCUUCACAUUUGCCAACCCAACAUGUUCAUUUUGAAGGAGAUCACAUGCAAAGAUCCCUUCUUGAUACUUUGAGUCGUUACUAUGGUCAAUCCACAAACAGAGAUAAAAUAAUUAGUGAUUUAUUGACAGAUAGAAGGGCCUUAGAAAAACUAUACUUCGAGUUACGAAAAACCAAAGGCUUUCGGGGAAGCCGAGGUGGUACUGGCUAUACCACCUCCUUUGCCUAUGGACCACAAAGGAGCAAUUAUGAAAAUACUUCUCAUAAUAGACUUUUAAAAGAAAGUCCUUCAACUCCAACUCAUCCUCCACCAUUGAUAGAAGUGGUAACUGCUACAGCGGAACCUUCCUUUCACAGCUGGGGUACACAAACGUUACCGAUACCGGAAGCUGUAUUGCAAAAAGUUGAAGAAGAAUAUAAAAAAAUUCAAGAAGAAAGAGGAGACGAAGUUCCAACGAAAGAAGGUAAAUCAUUUCGUAGAAGAAGUAGUGUAGAUAACGACGACAUAUCGCAAUCAGUAAGUGACACCAUAAAACGUUACCUUAGGAUGGCCCGUAAAAAAAGUGUAGAUGUGGACAAAGUGGACAGAUUUAAGAGAGUGAAUUAUGACAGAAAUUUACGCAAUAUUAAAGCAAAAGGUGAAAUUACUAAACCCGGUGAUGAUGAUGGUUUAAAUAAAGGUUGUCAAACUAACGAGGACUGGAUCUUAACCUACCGCGAUUUAAAAUUUUCUGAUUUGUACGAUGUUUCGGACGUGGAGAGCAGAUUUUCGAGCUCGAGAAGUAGUAUAGACAUUGGGGUGGUAGAUGAAGGUGCAAAAUCUCUGCCUUCAUCUCCCCCCUCAGUGAAAAGUGGGCAUUCAUUUUUAAGUCAAUUACUGCAUGGUAAACACGACAAGCAUGAUAAAAGUGAUAAAUCUUCUUCAGCAGUGACCAGCGGUGCCACCAUGCAGAAGAGCAAAUCCUCUUCUAGUGUGAUGCACCAUGGCAGUAGGUUGAUGGCAAAGAAAAUAUUUAAAUCAAGGUCCAAAAGCCAGACUAGGUCAUCGCAUCCUUGUAGUUGGACUCCGCAGGGUAGCUGCGUGUGGUCAAACGCCACAGGGAGGCAAGUGAUAUUAGGUGAUACUUCUUUACUAAAUUUGACUGACAUAGAAAGAAAGGUAUUACAGAAAGUAGCUAUAGCAAAAUUACAAGCGUUAAAUUUGGGCGUCAAUAUCAAAUUACCAACUGAAACUGCAGGCGGCGUUUCAACCAAACCAAAAAGAAGGCCAUAUUUGCUCAAAAGGAAAGCUUUAACAACGGGCAUUUUUGAUGCCAGUCGAAAAGAGGCCGAAAAAGAUAAGGAAAACAGCGGAUCACAGGGUGGCUUAGUAUUCGGCAUCUCCUUGGCGCAGUGUGUCGAAAACGACAGAUUGACGAGGGCAGCUGCUGGAACUAGUCCCUUCCGUAGUAGAGGAGAACUCUCUGGUUCCGGUGACGAGCCUUCUAAAAUUGGUAGACACGGAUCACGAUCAAGCUUUAGCUCGUUAAUUGAUUCACCACGAAAUGAUGAAAAAGGCUCGUGUGAAAACCUCGUCCUGCACAAACGAAUGAUCGGCAGCGUGCCAGGAUUACUGGACUCUAUAUCUUGCAGCUCGAACGCGGAUAUUCCUGCCGCCGCUAUGGAAGAGGAAGCAGCCGUUCCAAAUAUUCUAACGGAAUGUUUUAGGCAUUUGGAGAGGCAUGGAUUGCAUACCUUAGGUCUAUUCAGGGUCAGCACGUCGAAAAAACGAAUUCGACAGCUAAGAGAAGACUUUGACUGUGGCAAAGAAUCCUCACUCGAGGACGAACAAUGUCCGCAUGAUGUAGCCACCCUCUUAAAGGAGUAUCUUAGGGAUCUACCUGAUCCUCUACUUUGCAGAGACUUAUAUCACGCGUUUGUUCAAACACAAAGGAUACGUAAUAGAAGACUGCAAUUAGAGGCUCUACAACAUUUAAUACAACUCCUGCCUUCUGUAAACAGAGAUACGCUCUACGCCUUACUUAGUUUUUUAGCUGUUGUUGCCAAGUACGCUGAUGAUUCCCAAAAUGAUUCAGGUGAAGCUGUUCCGGGAAAUAAAAUGGACACCAGUAACCUUGCCACUGUUUUUGCGCCAAAUAUUUUACAUUGCAUAAAACCUGGCGCCAAAGACAUAUCCGAUAGACCCGAGGAUAGGAUAGAUAUUAUUAAUGUUGUUAGGACUCUUAUCGACCACUACAAGAGCAUAUUUACUAUUUCCGCGGAGUUAUUAGACGAGGUUUAUCUUCAUAUGAUGGACACUAAUGCAGAGGAAUUGGAAGUGCUUUUAAAUAAGAAGGAUGGAAGUGCUGCAGCUGAUGAAUCUGUGGAUGAAUUAGACAGCGAAAGCAAUUCUGCGCCAUGGACUCCUGUAACACUGGCCCAUGAUCCGCCACUUGACAGUAUCUUUGAUAGCAAAUUGGCAGAACAGAAGAAAACAUAUUCAAGAGAGGAGUUCCUGCAUGAAGCCGCAGCUACUGGUGGACCCAACGUUGGAAUGAGAAUUAGGCACAAGGAUCGCAUUCGUGAAAAGAGUUACCGAAGGCGUCGAGAAAAAACAGAAGAUGGAAAAGAAGGUAGUCUCACUUCAUCUGCUCUAACCAUCAUUUCUCGACUACGGGGUCAAAAAGAUGACGACAGUUUUAACAAAAAUAGAUCUUCCUCCAUAGAAUCCACCAGCUCCACUCACACAGAUGAUAUGGCCAGAAUGAUGAAAUCCAGUGAUGAACUUUACGAGCGACGAAAGUCAUCGCCUUAUGUUUUGGAUAACAGUGGAGUGAUCACUGCCAGUCUAACAAUACCUGUUCAUACACAAAACCAGUCCUUAUCCUACAAUGUUGACGACGACAUUCCUUUUAUAGAAGACGGAGAGAACGGUCGACAACAAAUGACGAUAGGUCUUAUAAGGACGCCAUCAGUGCCACCUAGAAGACGAAACCACUCCUUAGAUAGUGAUUCAUCAGUGACUUCUAGCGUUCAACCAAUAACAGGAUCCAUUUCAGUAGUACCGGGAUACGACUCCGCUAUUGGAUCAACUACAACUUACUCUAGUCCUAUUCAAAAUACUCCCACAUCAGUUUCAAGUAGCAUUGCCGAUGCUGGCAUUUAUAGUUCAGCCGCGUCAUGGACAUCUAGUCCCCCUACUUCUCCGGAUAGUACCAGAACAUCAGUGAAUUAUAUUCCCGAUGACUCUCAGUCUUCAAAAGCUGUAAUUAAAAUCUUAAAGAGUAAUAUCGUACGAGAAACUGCACCUACUCUUCAAAAAGUAUCCUUUUCAUCAACUCAAGAAAUCCAACAAGUAAAAGAUGGUAAAGAUCCUUCAAAAAUAUACCAAAGAGAAGUUUCUUUUACCAAACAAAAAUAUAAUAGCCCGUCAACCGAUGUACAACGGGAACCAAAAUUUACGCCUAGUAUAAAUAGCAUUGGCAAUGCAGUCUUAAGGUCUAAAACUGCAGAUUUUGAAAGAAUUAUGAAAGAGACAAAAACGAAAACUGCACAAUCCACAACAGUAGAAAGAGAAAAGAAAAAAUAUACCAAGAGGCGAUACACCGAUUCGAGACAUCAAACAAGGCAUAUACCAGAUGCUGAAACGUUAGAAUCGACCUCAGUUCAAAACAAACGUGAUGAUAAAGCUGGAAACUCUCAAAGUGGACCUGUAUAUAAAAGAAGAGAACUAAUUUCUAGUGUUCCUUCUAAAUAG